AUGGCCACCGAGGCGACCUUGGGUCCCAACGCGACCUGGUGGGCUCCAACCAACGCGUCGGGAUGCCCGGGCUGCGGUGCCAAUGCCUCGGACGACUCGGGCUCCGCGCCCAGGCCACUGGAUGCCUGGCUGGUUCCCUUGUUCUUCGCUGCGCUCAUGUUGCUCGGGCUGGUCGGGAACUCGCUGGUCAUCUACGUCAUCUGCCGCCACAAGCACAUGCGGACAGUGACCAACUUUUACAUCGCCAACUUGGCGGCCACAGACGUCACUUUUCUACUGUGCUGCGUCCCCUUCACGGCGCUGCUCUAUCCGCUGCCCGCCUGGGUGCUGGGAGACUUCAUGUGCAAAUUCGUCAACUACAUCCAGCAGGUCUCGGUGCAAGCCACAUGUGCCACCCUGACGGCCAUGAGCGUGGAUCGUUGGUACGUGACUGUAUUCCCGCUGCGCGCCCUGCACCGCCGCACCCCGCGACUGGCCCUGGCUGUCAGUCUUAGCAUCUGGGUGGGCUCUGCAGCCGUGUCCGCUCCGGUGCUGGCCCUGCACCGCCUGUCGCCCGGGCCUCGCACCUACUGCAGCGAGGCGUUUCCCAGCCGUGCCCUGGAGCGCGCCUUCGCGCUCUACAACCUGCUGGCUCUGUACCUGCUGCCUCUGCUCGCCACCUGCGCCUGCUACGGUGCCAUGCUGCGCCACCUGGGCCGCGCCGCUGUGCGCCCCGCUCCCACUGACGGCGCCCUGCAGGGACAGCUGCUGGCACAGCGCGCUGGAGCAGUGCGCACCAAGGUCUCCCGGCUGGUGGCCGCCGUGGUCCUGCUCUUCGCUGCCUGCUGGGGCCCGAUCCAGCUGUUCCUGGUGCUCCAAGCCCUGGGCCCCGCGGGGGCGUGGCACCCUCGCAGCUACGCCGCCUACGCGCUCAAGAUCUGGGCUCACUGCAUGUCCUACAGCAACUCGGCGCUCAAUCCGCUGCUCUACGCCUUCUUGGGCUCACACUUCAGACAGGCCUUCUGCCGAGUGUGCCCCUGUGGCCAGCGACGCCAGCGCCGGUCCCGCGGGUCUGCACUCUCAGACCGAGCCGCAACCCACACCGCGCCGCACGGUCUGGCCGCGCACCCCGCCGAUGGAGUCAGGACGCCCGAGCCUGGAAACCCUUCAGUGCGCUCCCUGUGCGGUUUGCAAGAACAAACCGUUCCACUCUGA